GAUAAUUUUUUUUUCUACUGAUAAAAUCUAGAUUAUUUACUUGUCAAAUUUGCAGUUUUUAAUUAUCAAGUUCCUUUUUUUUACUGAUAUAAAUUGUAUAUUUUUACUGCUACUACAUAUAAUGAACUUAUCAUUUUCUUAUUAUUUACCGAUAAUCUAAGUACUGAUCAUUCAAUCUUUAAACUGAGCAUUUAUAUACUUUUUUACUGAUCAUUUAAUCUAUUUUACAGAUCAAUAUAUUUUGUUGCCAUAUCGAAAUGCCUUAUUAUAUGUAGCCGAUGGAAAUGAAAAUAAUUAUCAACUUCCCUCAAGUAAUCUUCUUGGUACGUGGGAUUGUGGCAAUAGUGGAAAGCUAACAUUUAAAUCAAUACUUGCUGAUUAUGAAAGUAAAAAUCUAGCGACAUCAGCUUUACUUCAGUUAACAUAUGAAUUAAAAUGUCAAAAUGAUCAAUAA